AUGACAAAGCAAACACUCAUCUUUGCCGACCAGAUUGGCCAGGUCUUUAGGCCCGCAGCCCCAGUCGCACCCCGGAAGUCAAUUCAUGAGAUCUCCGGCGCGGAAUCUCACUCCCGCCCCGGAUUCUCAACCUCCACCGAAUCUCACAGAGUGGGUCGUGGCUUCUGUCUCUGUUGCCCGCCGACCUCCGCGUCAGACCACCGCCAUGAAUCCUCUCACGUUGACUGUCGACUGAGAACGGCUGUGUUACCUUUCCCAACACUGCAUCAGGUCGUCGGGAAGAAUUUUCUGGUCACUAGCAAGUAUUCAUUCGCCGCCAAAUGUGGGGCAUACAAUAAGCAGCCGUUGUUUAGUCGAAGUUUGGUCAUCAGAAUACUGCUGCUGGCCGGUGACUUCGCCGGGGACUUCGCCGAGUGA